UACGGCAACGACUCGAAUGUUGUGACUGAAAACACGCAAUUUCAGAUUGGGUCGUUUACCAAGACGUUUAUCGCACUGGGAAUUGCCAAGCUCGUGGAUGAAGGCCGCUUAAGCUGGGACGACCCGGUCAAGCUCCGCCUUCCGUGGCUUGAGCUUGUCGACAAGUACGCGGAGAAGUACACGACGCUCGGUGACCUCGCGGCCAUGAACUCGGUGUUUGGCGCAUAUGAAGGCGACAUUGUCUGGGGUAUUAGUGUACAUCCCAACGAGCGCAGCCUCGUGCAAUCGCUGGGUACCUUUAAGACGACCCGGCGCCUCCGUGCCGGCUACGCGUACGCCAACUUGAACUUUGAGAUUCUCGGUCAAGUGCUCGAGUACCAGACCAACACCACAUGGGCCCAGUACCUCGACGCGACGUUCUUCACGCCGCUCGGCAUGGUCAACACGUACGGUGCUGUCCCGGAUGUGCCAGCAACUGGCGACCUCUCGUUCGGCCACGUCAUCUGUAACGGCAAAGUCGCUGGCCCGUACGACUUGCGAUCGUCGCCCGAGAUUGCACUUGGGUACAAGAACGGGCACCUCGCCGCCGGGUCGAUGCUCUCGACGGCAUCGGACUUGGCGCUCUUCUUGCACGCGUCGCAGCACUGGCUGAGUUGA